AUGGGCUUCUUUGGAGAAGAAGGUUGGCAGUGGCAAUUCUCUUGGAGGAGGAACUUGUUUGACAAUGAAUUGGGAAGCGCAUCAGAGUUUAUUGAUCAGGUUUCAGCUCUAAGCCCUACUGCAGAUACGAAGGACUACUGGCUGUGGGAUGUAAAAGCUCCUCCGAGGGCCUUGACCUUGGUCUGGAGACUUCUUUGGGAUAGGUUACCGACUAAGGAAAAUCUGCUUAGAAGGCAAGUUCCUCUUGAUAAUGAUCUCUGCACCUUCUGUCAAAACCAAGUGGAAUCCGCUCCUCAUCUCUUCUUCACAUGCAUAAAAAUUAUGCCACUAUGGUGGGAAUUUAACUCUUGGGUCAAGGAAGCAAGAGUCUUGCACUGUAGGCCUGUGGACAACUUCACUCAGCAUUUCUCUAUGGUUGCUUCUAAGGCUACUAACAGAAAGUGGAAGAUUUGGUGGAUAGCAGCAAUAGUUUCUAUUUGGUAUUAUAGGAACGACAUGAUUUUUAAUAAUCAACAGCUUUCUAUUUCAAAGCUGGUGGAUAAUGCUAUUUUUAGAACUUGGUCUUGGUUGAGGGGAUGGGAAAAGGGCUUUGCUGUUCCGUUUCAACAAUGGUCCUCAUCCAUGUCUUUUGCCUUCACCUAG